AUGCCCGAAAAGUAUUUGGUGAUUGGAGGUAACGGGUUUCUCGGACGUCACGUUUUAGAACAGAUUCGCCUUCGAAAGGAUGGCUCGUCAAUUGCUGUUUUCGACAUUGUUAAGCCAGCGGACGCGCCUGCCGACAUUAAAUUCUUUGUUGGUGAUCUUCGAAAGUUUGAUGAUGUCUUUGCUGCCCUUGACGGUAUUACCGCUGUCAUUCACACUGCAUCCCCACCACACGUGAAUAGCAGCAACCCACCCCGAGACCUCUACUUUUCCAUUAAUGUCGACGGUACCAAGAACGUGAUUGCUGCCUGCAAAGCCAGGGGUAUCAAGAAAUUGGUUGUCACAAGCUCAGGCAGUGUUAUUUCCACUGGUGAGGCCAUGGUCAACGUUGACGAAUCCACUCCCUAUCCUCCCCAAGCCAUCGAUGUAUACACCGAAUCCAAGAUUGAAUGUGAAAAGGUGGUUCUUGCAGCCAAUGGAGAGGAAGGUCUUACAACUUGCACCAUUCGACCCUCUGCCAUCUUCGGGCCUGGUGAUCGUCAACUCAUCCCUGGUAUGCUUGAGGUGUGUCAAAAGGGACAACACAGAUUCCAAAUUGGUGAUAACAGCUCAUUGAUGGACUUCACGUAUGUCGGCAACGUUGCCUAUGCCCAUGUCCUUGCCGCUGAAAAGCUGGGCGAUGUGAAGUCUGAGGCAGCCGGACAAGCCUUCAAUGUCACUAACGGUACCCCUAUCCCCUUCUGGGAUUUCGCCUCCAAGGUAUGGUUCGAAGCUGGUGACUAUAUGCCCAACUCCAAAAAGAUUGUUCUUCCAUAUGGCGCAAGCGUGGUCAUUGCCUACAUCAGCGAAACUAUUUACAACAUCAAGGCUAUGUUUGUUGACAAGAGCCAGCUCAAAGAGGGACUCUCUCGCUCUCGCAUCAAGCAAGCAAUGUCGUCCAGAUAUUUUAAUAUCUCCAAAGCUAAUCGUAUCCUUGGCUACGAAGCACGCGUUGGGCUUGAAGAAGGCAUAAAACUCAGCCUUGCCGCAAUCAAGUCCAAUUAA